AUGGUCUCUCUACUGCUCCUUGUCCUUGCGGGCUUCUCUUCGCAGGCAUCUGCAGCAUGCACCCGCGAUCUCCUUAAAGAAGCCACUGCAAGCUACAUCGCAGCACUUGGCUCCGGCGAGGGCCCGACUGCUAUUUCGGACCUUGCACAAGAUAGUCUCAUCUACCAAGAAAACGACGCCGAGCUGGACAUCACGGAGGGCGUGUUAUCAGCACCUAUCAAGAUCGACUUCAGCCGGAGCAUCUACGACACGACCGAGUGCGCGUCGUACACCGAGAUUGUCGCCACGACGGGCCACCCGUACGUGAUCGGGACGCGGCUGGCCCUGGAUGCGGACAACAAAAUUUACAAAAUCGAAUCAAACGUCUGCGAGACGGGCGACUGGUUGUUCGAUGCGAAGGGGACUCUGGAUUACAACCAAGAAAGGAGAACUGGGGAGGCCCAUCUCCCGAGGCGAAGCUGCGACCUCGCGCGGAGGUAA